CAGGUGCGACACCAUAAUUUCACCUCUUCACAAGGAAAAACACUACAGAGAUCCCUUGUACUGUGGUUAGGUCGCCCAUCCUGCGCUGUACGCUGUGCUAUCCUCCCGGUUUUCCGAGCUCUCUGGGCGCACAACGCGGGUUAGCUGUUUGCCCAAGCGGUUUUGUUUGUGUGCGGGCGCCGUUGGACUAUACGGCUUUUACGCGCGGCUGAGGAUUUGAGUUGAAUUUUCUACGGGGAGAGUAACCAAAGUUGCGGACUGUGACGGCCGUUUUUACGCCUUAGCCGGUCGUUUGGUUGGAAAAACUCGACCCAAAUCGCUGAGAUAAGUGCAGAAGGCAGAGGAGGCUUUGUUAAUGUCCCAGCAUUCCUCACGUGGGGUGUAGGGACUGCUAAAGCCACUGCCACUCAAAGGGGGUAACAUUUACGGUUACUCACACAAACCACUAGGCCUGUGGACUUAAAAAAGGCUUUGGAACGACGUUAGCCGUCAGUCGUCCUAUUGGAAGACUGCACGCACAACUCAGGAAACAACCGUGCAAAAUUUCAGAGAGAGAGAGGACUCGCCAAAAAUCGCCAUGUCGUCUUCUACCGGCACUGGGAAGAGGAAAGAGAUCUACAAGUACGAGGCACCAUGGACGGUAUACAGUAUGAACUGGUCGGUACGGCCAGACAAACGUUUCCGCUUAGCGCUGGGAAGCUUUGUAGAAGAGUAUAACAACAAAGUCCAGGUUGUGUCGUUAGAUGAAGACACGUCAGAUUUCGUGGUCCGAUCAACCUUCGACCACCCAUACCCAACCACCAAGAUCAUGUGGAUACCAGAUGCAAAGGGUGUGUUCCCAGACUUGGUGGCCACAUCAGGGGACUACCUGCGGGUGUGGCGGGUUAACGAGAAUGACACCAGGUUGGAAUGUCUGCUGAACAACAACAAGAACUCGGACUUCUGUGCACCACUCACAUCCUUCGACUGGAACGAGGUUGACCCCAACCUUUUAGGCACCAGUUCCAUCGACACCACCUGCACCAUCUGGGGUCUGGAGACAGGGCAGGUGCUCGGGAGGGUCAAUCUGGUUUCAGGUCACGUCAAGACGCAGCUCAUCGCACACGACAAGGAGGUGUACGAUAUCGCGUUCAGCCGUGCGGGUGGCGGGAGGGACAUGUUCGCUUCCGUCGGGGCCGACGGUUCUGUCCGAAUGUUCGACCUUCGACACCUGGAACAUUCCACCAUCAUCUAUGAAGACCCCGCCCACCACCCCCUCCUGCGGCUCUGCUGGAACAAACAGGACCCUAACUACCUGGCCACCAUGGCCAUGGACAGUCUGGAGGUCAUCAUUCUGGACGUCCGAGUGCCCUGCACACCUGUGGCCAGGCUAAACAACCAUCGUGCCUGUGUGAACGGCAUGGCCUGGGCGCCCCACUCCUCGUGCCACAUCUGCACGUCCGCGGACGACCACCAGGCGCUGAUCUGGGACAUCCAGCAGAUGCCUCGCGUCAUCGAGGACCCGAUUCUCGCGUACACGUCUGACGGAGAGAUCAACCAGAUCCAGUGGGCCUCCACCCAGCCCGACUGGAUCGCCAUCUGUUAUAACAACUGCCUUGAGAUCCUUAGGGUGUAGGCUACGGGAAUUGCCGCGUAUCGUUUUUUGCUGCCUCCACGGGUUUCCAGGCUUCCACGCGCACUAAAUCCUGGGUCUGGCAGCCAUGUUGUUUCCUCCUGUGUGACCUUUGACCUCAAUUUGCAUAAUGAAGACUUUUGACAGAUAUGAUAGGUUAGAAUGUAAUUGGGAAAUGUUUGUGAGAAAAUAGGAUAGGAAAACUUUAAAACUGUCAGGAAACUGUGAAGGAAAAGAUUGGAGUUAGUGUGGAUGUUUGUAAAGGAAAAGUGUUUCCAUAUAAGGGAAAAAGAAAUGUCAAAUAUGGGCAAUUUCAAGAAAAACUAGGAUUGUUUUUACUGGAAAAGUUUUGGAUUUAGAAUUAGCUAGCUUUUAGUUUAUUGAUAAUUUUUGGUAAAGUAGGUAGGAAAAAAGAGCAGCUUCAAGUUCCAUUGUCUGCAGUGUGACUACUGAGUUCAGAGGUUGUGCAGAAGAGAUCAACAUGGUGUCAGAACUAGAAUUUGGUGUGUACUGUUACCUCUCCUAUAUAAUAAUGGAGAUGGUAUGGGUACACGAAAGCUUGGGCCUAUGGGAGAAUGGACACAGAGGGUGCACUAGGGAAGGUAGGGAGGGGCUCCACCUCUCUCAAAAGCACUGACUACUCUAAAAACAUCAAAACUUCCAAUGGUUACAUUUUGGCGACGCCUCAGUGGCGGUGCCUUUUUCAUAGCAUGAGUUGUGUUUGGGAUUGAACAAUCUGAAAAGGAAGAACUUAUCUCUUUUGAAGGGGUGGUCAGGAUCAUUUUCCAAAAUGGAAAAAAGUGUUACAUAGUAAGUCUCAAAGCAAGGAAGGAAAGUGAUCUUGACUACCCUUUCUAAGACUUUGAAAUGGAAUAUACAAAAGUGCUGUUCAGAGGGAAUUUUGAGGCCCCCAGUUUUCCCAGCCUUCCAUGGUGUACCCUUGUAUACAAAGUCUGUGUAGAGAACUUUGGUACUGUUGGUUUCAGUCUAAAUCAAAUCAAUACAAUAAAUAAUGCUUCUGAGGGUCCUUUGUUUCUGAGAGUCGCGCGUUGAAGGUUUAUGCAUGUCUAGCAAAACUUUGCUUCAAAGAAAGAGUUUCCUUAAAUUAUGAUUGAAUCUUUGAAGUGUUUAUUUUGGAGAGAGGAUAGCAUAAAGGUAGACUCAACAACCCUUGGUUGCAGUGAGCAUAUAAUUUCAGCCUGAAAUUCUAGGAUAUUUUUUGCGUGGAUUUUGUGAGUGUCCUGAUUCAGUUGCAAUUUACUAUUGUGUAAUGUAGCAUAUAUAUACUCACUAUUUUGAUCCUUGGCAAGUUUACCUUGUUCAAAAUUCCAAUCUUCUCAGCACCAGCUUGUAAAGUUUACACAGAAGUCACCAAAGUGCACCUAUUACAAUUUCAACAAUCUGAUAUUUCAGUGGAAUCAUCAAUGUCAAAUUCUUGGAAAAUCUGGAUGUGAGUUGACAGGUUGCUUCUGUAGUCAUCUGUGCUGUCAAUACAAAAAAAGUACAUGUUUCCUGGGCUGGCUUACAUCAGAAUUCUAAAACUUUGUAGGUAGCAGUUUGAUAUGUCUUACUGUAGACCCUUUCCCAACUAAAAACAAACAAACCUAAAACCUACUGUUGUGUUUUUCACACAACUUUGAUAGAUAACAGAUAGGCCAAAAAUAAGACUAAUGUUUGACAACUCUUUAAAAUAUCCUUCAAAAAUUAAGAAAAAGAGACUACCUCAGGCAGUUUCCACAGUGGAGAAUUGCAAAAUCUGAAACUAGUAAGUUACCAAAGGACGUUAGCACUAGACUUUGUUGUUUCCAUGGUUACGAUUCCCUUCGGAUUUCACCCCAAGGUUCUCAGGGCUGUUUUAGAGGAAGUGUGAUGCAUUAUGGGAUGUCUUCUGCAGGAAACAUCCUGCAGGUUACCAUGGAAACUGCCUGCAGGUUGCCAUGGAAGCUGCCUGCAGGUCAUUAUGGAAACUGCCUGCAAGUCGCCAUGGAAACAUCCUGCAGGUUACUUAGGAACCAGACUGCAGGUUACCAUGGAAACUGACUGCAGGUUACCAUGGGAACAGACUGCAGCUUUUCUUGGAAACAGUCUGCAGGUCACCAUGGAAACAGACUGCAGGUUACUAUGGAAACUGCUUGUUACCAUGGAAACUGCCUGUGGAUACAGGUGUAUGUAAGACACAGUAGAUAGGAGAAUGUUGUUAAUCCUUUGCAUCAUUGUACAUUUUGUGUGGAGGGUUUAUGUUCAAAAAUCGUGUUAAGAUGUUCCGUAAAGAAGGCCUUUGUUUCAUUUUGGAAACUGCAUCUGUUUUCUGGUACUUUUGACAAGUUUUGAGCUAGGAAACACCUGAUAUGGAAUCUUUGGACAGAUUUAUCUCUUGUCUACCUACAUUGUACUACAGAAAGUCCUGAAAUAGUUUGUUUAAAAGUUCUCCAACAAGUAUUCUGGAAAUGUAUUGACUGAAAAUAUUCAUAGUUCGGAAAUUGGCAAGUUCUUGCUCAGUAAUUGAAAUCUGAAACCUUUAUUUACUAUUCUCACAUUAUUGAAAAUUGAACGCACAAUUUCUUUUUGGAGUAAAAAUAAAAAGGAGGAAUUACAAGAAGAAUGCAUGCAUAUGGGACCAAGAACUCUACUGUGGGAUUUUCUGGCAGUUCAAUGACUAGAUACAAUUGUUACAAGAAAAGGGAAGUUUCAAAAUAUUUUUGUCUUUCAAUUCGCAAUAUUUUUUACAAACCCCCCAUUUCUCUCUAUUGUAGGAAAGAAUCUGAUGUGUAAUAUUUCAGAAAAAUGUUGUUUCAGAGCUGUUCUUGAGGAUUGAUAAUGAGAGAGCUUUGUUAAUUCAUUUCAGUUACUUACAUUUUGUGUCUUACAUGUACCAUUGCUUUAAAAGAAAUUAGGACUGUUUGAAAAAAGAAGAAGUUUAGUGGUCAAGAAAACUUGAAAAAAAAAAUUAUUUGUUUGCAUGAAAAGAAAAGAAAAAGUUUGGGAAUGUUAUUAGGUUAUUAGUUUAUGUUGUACGGGUAGGAUCGAAUUUUGUUUGAGUGCACUUAUAAUCUUACUGGAGCAUAGAUUCUGUUGCCUGCCUACGAAGGACCUAUUUGCCAAGAAUGUAUCUGUGCAAGAAAACACAAGAUCAUACAUUGUAGAUAGAAUUUCCAUGCCCAACUGCUCAAUAAGGUUGUUGCUGGUACUUUUCCAGCAUAGCACAUGUAGCUGUAAAAGAGUGGAGAUAUGACGACUUUUACAGUAACUUCUGUGUUGAAUCUCUUACUAGUUAGUCCACAAUCCCAUUCGAUGUGCACUUCUCAUGUUGUCCAUGUUCUUGCCUAGCCUAGAGUCCAUCCUAUUCUAGCUCCUUUUCGCUCCACCGAUUGCUUUACCACAGAAUAGUUUGGGACCUGUUAGAGUAUGGUAGUUUGAUAUUUGAAUAUUGGUCUGAACUGGAAGUGAAAUUUCUGACUGUCUCCAAGUUUAUGGUCAUCUGCGCUUGCCCAAUCAUAACUUUCACUUGCCCUGGGCAAUUGGGCUAAUGGACUUGUUCAUCCCUGACUCCUUACAAUGAGAACUAUUUAAAUUUGAUACCUGAAAUGAUUCACACCGUAACGGCAAAAUGUUUGAACGGGAAAGGGUUGCCGGAGUAUUCUGUGGAGGGAAGCGAUCGGGGGAAUGGACUGGCACUAGACAAGGAUGGAUACCAGGCUGGUUCCCGUGGCUGCAAACAAACAUGAUGAUGAUGAUGAUAUUUGUAUAGAUCACUUCUCUACAUGGGGUCAGUCGUUUUGAAGAUGUGCCGUUUGAAAAAGUGUGUUGUUGAUACUAUAGUGGUUAUUUGUGAAGUGUGUUGAUACAAUAAAACUGUUUGUACACUCU